UCCGGAUAGCCACAACACCGGUGCCGUGCGGCGUCCUGUACAUGUAUCGCCCACGAAAUCCUUACGUUUAUGACCUGCCAAUCUGUCAACAAUCUGCAGCUGGCUGGGCGCACACAUAGUGCAAAAUAAGUGAACAGGAUGCAUACAAGACGCCCAUCCAAUAAUGCUCUUACUAGUAUUUUUCUGCAUCAUCCUCUACCUCGUUGGAGUGAUCCAAGCCGCACCUACAAUAAUAGCAACAAAUAUCACUACUAGCGACAAUGUUGAAGCCCCAUCAUUCACGACCAGAACCCUAUGGACAAUCAUCUUCAGCUCCGUUCUCACUCUUUUUGCAUGCAUAUACAGUGCCAUCCACCCCAAUAUCCCGAAUCCUAAGGAAAGCGGCCACCGGUAUAUCCUAUGGCGACAACUUAGCAUGACGAUAAUGGCACUAAUUGCUCCUGAACUGAUUGUCGCAUGGGCUAUGCGUCAGUGGUUCAGCGCUCAUCAAGUUACAAGACGAUUCGAGAAAUCAGGAUAUCCCAACUUGAUCAUUCGUCCGAACUCUGAAGAAAUAGAUGUACCUGCAACUGGAAAUUGCUUCACUCGCUUCCUUCUCCGCUUGCCUUUCGUUCGCCUCUUGAUACUGCUUGCCAAAGGUCCUUUAUCUGUGCUGGUGUUUCUUUGGCGUUUUCUUUGUGCUCCCAUGAGGUGUUUCGCAAACUGGAUUGAGCCAGAGCCAUCCGAGUCUGACUUGGAAGAUUAUACCUGGACCCAGACGCACAGCUUCUUUGUGCUCAUGGGUGGUUUCAUGCUUUAUGUAGACGGGAAACCCUACCUUACACUACGUCCUGACUACAUUCUCAAACUGAUACAAGACAAGUGUAUCGAUGUUCCUACCCUGACCGCAAAGCAGAUCCGCGACAGGAGCAAAGGCAAUGCGAUAUCGAAAGCAUUGGUCGUGCUUCAGGUGGCCUGGUUUGUUCUACAGCUCAUCACUCGCGCCAUAUAUCACCUCGAAACCACUCAGCUCGAAGUGGGGACACUCGCUUUUGCGGUCCUCAGUUUCCUAACUUAUGCUAUGUGGUGGGACAAGCCUCUCGAUGUGCGAUGUUCACAUCCAGUGUACUGGAAGUCGACCGAGUCAAUGCCAGAGGACCACAUUGAUACCAGUGACACAGACGAAUUCGCUCCGCUUCCCAUCGCCCGCUCAAUUUUUGAACUGAUGGGCUUUCCUCGCAUUCCUACAUCUCAAAAGCUCCAAGUUCCAACAUUUGAUGGCAGCAUCACUCUCGAUGGUUCGAACAGAAAAGUUCUUCGGCUUGCUGCAAUGCUUAUGGCUACCAUAUUCGGUGGCGUCCAUUGUAUGGCUUGGUUCUUUGCCUUUCCCACACACCAGGAACAGAUGCUAUGGCGUAUCAGUGCCGUCGCCACAACUUGCACACCCUGGCUUUGUUGGAGUCUCUACUCUGACUCGGAAGUGACCCAUUCAGUGCUUCAGCAUUUUCCAAAUCCAUUAAAGUAUGUCGUGUGGGGUGUGUAUUUUCUGAUUUAUUUCGCAUGUUUCGCAUUGUAUGUCCCAGCUCGUGCCGUCCUCUUGGUACUUAUGUUCACCACUUUACACAAUCUUCCUCCUGACGCAUACAAGGCGGCGUCAUGGACUAGUAUGGUACCACACUUGUAGUCUCUGAUUAUGGUGAUCGAGAUAUACUUAUACUUCAUACUUUUCUCAUAAUAUUCAGAUGUGGCACUCUUGUGGUCGACGAUAUCUAAA